CAUUUUUUUUUUUUUGUUGUUGAGAUGAGCAUGUCUGUAGCUUCAUUCUCCAUUCACUUGUGCUCGCCCAUACAUCCUACCCACCCAUCCACCUACUGAUUGUAUAAUAUGUCUGCCCCAAAGGUUGCUCGCAUGGAUGAAGACCCCAUCGAGGUCGAUACUGGCAAGGUUACCAUUGUCCCAGGAACAAUGACGGAGCCCCAAUGCGCUACUUUUUGUUUACAGGACGAAGACCACACUCUUGGAAACGCACUCCGCUGGACCCUCAUGAAAAACCCUGAAGUCGAUUUCGCAUCAUAUUCGAUCCCACAUCCCUCAGAAGCAAGGACCAACGUCAGGAUCCAAACCACAGACAGGACGACUGCAGUGGAGGCUAUGUUCAAGGGUUUGGACGAUCUGACAGAUAUCUGCAGUCAUGUCAUCCAGACCUUCCAGACAGAGCUUGCCAAGGGAGAGUUCGAGUACGACGAGGAGAGCGCCUUCUAGAGCAGAUCAGGCUGGAAUGACCGAUACUCCAAGAUCCGGAUAUAGGAAGAGCUGUAAUAAUAAGAACAGCAGGACCAAUAGCGAACAUCAUCAUCACACCACACAUUGUAAUAAAGCAUCGAAUUAAGCAUA